GUAAACGUUUAAUUGCUCUCACACUGUUCCGUGCUUCCACUAAGCUAUUAGCCCCAUCACUGGACUGCACUACAGCAGUGAGCAGUCCUUGACAAUGGCAUUGCGAGCCGAGCCGAGUGUCGGCCCCAGUGACCAGUCGGCAGUCCAACUCCAGUCGGUGUCGGGACGUGGUGGCGCGCGGUACCACCAUGCGCUUUCCAACCGCGACAGUGAAAGUUCGUUGAGAGAAAUGCGUCUUGCGAUCGCCUUUCUGUUUGUGGUGACAUGGACAGUGGCACACGGCUACGACUACGCGUCGGCGUGCGCGCGCCCGUACCGCUCCAAGCGCGCCAAGGAGCCGGACGUGCCGUGCGACCUCAGCACGCAGAGCUACUGCACCAGCCCCGGGGACAACUACCCCUGGCACGCGAUACGACGGUUCAUCAGGGAGAACCAGGGUCUUAUGAGAAGAAUGUAUGGUGAAGAACGUCACAUUGCUGUUCUCAAAGCUGAGUUGGAAAAUUUUAUCGACGAUGAUGAUGAUGAACAUGACAGAAAGAACGACUUAGUUGAAGACUUCAUCAAAACCAAAAUGAUGUUCAUGAAGAAAAGCUACGGUCGUGGCAUGAAAGACAAACCACAUUUUAGACCGAUUCAACAGAAUCCUGAAAAACAGAAAAAAGUAGAUAGUGAACAUCUAAAAGUAAAACCGUUAAGAAACACUACAAAUACCUCUAAAAGAACUGAAAACAAAACUGAAAUAAAGAAUGAAACAGUGAAUGAAGAUAAAGGUAUAUCAUACAAAACUAAACUGGAAAGUAUAGCCAAUAUUGAGAUAAACAACCUAGAUCCAGAUGUAAUAACGUUGGAAGCAGUAAUCAAACAAAGUAUAGAAACUAACAGCAUAUAUCCGAACUUCUCUGGCACUUCCAAGAGUGAACCACUGACAGAGAAUAAAAACAAAACGGACAGAAAUGCAACAUCUACUACUGAAAACGUGGUCAACACUACUGAAAACGUAUUAAAUGUUACAGAAAACAUUGAAGAAUACGAUGAUUUAACAACAGAAUCUGGUAAAGAUGCAUGGAAAAGUAAUGUGGACACGUCAACUUUACCUCCAACGUUACUGUUUUCUGAACACGACAAAGUGAAAAUAGACCGCAUUGAUAACAAAGAAACAGAAAAGAAAGAGGAGUUUCACCCUAAGCCAGCGCAACAAGAAACUAUGCGACCUGCUGUUAUAAAAUUGCGAGGAGCGAAUGCGUGUGAAACGAAGGAGGAGAUGAUGGCGCCGUUCUGGGCGAACAGCACCCGCGGCGAGAUGCUGGCGCUGCUCAACAUGUACCCCUUCGAGCAGUACAUCCACUCCGAGACCUGCGUGCACAAGCACAAGCAGAUGUACUGCAGAGAGGGCUGCAGAUGCGAGCAACAGUUCCGCCUGCACCGUCUACUGGCGUACGACCCCCGCAACGAGUGCCGCGGCAUCUUCGCCGACUGGUUCAAGUUCCCCGCCUGCUGCGUCUGCAAGUGCUACGACGUGCCGCUGGAGUUCCGCGCGCGCUCGCCCAGGAUCCUCCACCCGCAGUAUGAUGAAGAAGUCAAGAGACUGAUCUAUGAGGAUGUGGCUAGAGACUGGUACACCAUGUCGUAUGACGAAGAAGACGACGAACUGUUUUGAUGUUUUUCAAAAAUAGAAUAAUAUAGACCGACCACAAACUUGAGCGAAAACUAGAACUUGCUAAGUUAGGGAUGCGUAAAGGGCUCAGACCAAUUACAUAUGAACUUGUAUCACAUCCAAGUUCACCAUUGAAAUUAUGUCAUGUUUUGAGGGGGACGACACAUUACGACGGGUAAACUCACUCAUCGAAAAUAUUUAACACCACUUUAUUUGUGUAAGGACGCAACACACAUCUACACAUUACUAUAACUACAGAUUAUCGCUUUGACACAUUCCACAGAAUAUUUGAUUACUUGAUUUCGUCUGAAGAAUCGAUUCUUUUGAGAUAAGUAUUGUUUUUAUUACAUAAACUUAGAAAUACUUUAAACGUAACUUCAUCUUAUUUAACUAUAAGCGGCCUUUUUUAUAUAACCGGCAUUUUUAGGGAGCUCUUUACAUGACGAAUAUGAUUAGGUACAACAAUGAAACAUCGAUUCUAUACAAACUGUUCUUAUAAACGCGUUAGAUCAAUGAUUCUUGAUCUUUGAACUUCUAGCAAGGCAAGUCCCUAUAUAAUUCGUCUGAGGUAGAGGGAAGAUGGAUACAGUUGUUAUGCUAGCUAUACACGUACAAGUAUAUAACGUUUUGAUUGCGCAAAAUAAUUGCGCAAAUUAACAUGAUUUCGAAAAUACUUGCUACAGAUGCCUUGAGUAUGUUUGGAGCAAUACUAAAUAUUUUCACAAGUUUUGAAAUCUAAAAUUGAUCCAUUUUUCAAAAAAUCAAAUAUUAAGUAUCUUUCAAUACACGUUACUUACGGUAUAAUAUUUUUAUAGUUGAGCAAUCUUUGUGUUUAGUUACCGGAGUUGGAGCAGCGAAUAAAAUAUUUAUUCUGUAUGACAAAGCACCAGUCGUUUGUGCUUCAUCAUCAAACUUCUAUUGAGAUUUCUUCUCAGAAGUUUCAACCUCUGCUGUACACUACGCAACCACACGCUUUAUUCAGAUCGGUCUCAAAAAUUAAUAUAUCCAAACCAAUAAACAAACUAAAUAUUGCGUUAAAAUUAUAAAAUUCUGUUUUCUACAGAAGUUACAAUCUCCACAUCAAACUACUGACUAGUAGUACUAGACUGAAUAGAUAAGCGCGUUCUACUAUACUAAACUGUGUUAAAUUAUUGUGCUUGCUGAAAGUUAAAAAAAGAAUUAGUUUGAAAAUAUUGCUCAAGAAAACAUAGACUUACGAUAGGCACUCGUACGUUUUGAAAAUACAAAGUUAAAAAUACAGAUAAAUGUAUUCAAUAAAAUUAAUUAUAGUGAACGGAACUAUAAAAUAAAAAUGCUUGAUUAUUGUAUUAUCCAAUUAAACAAAUUCGUUGCUGUAUAAUCAAAUUAAAUUUAUUAAGUCUUUAAUAAUGUGUCUCGAAUUUAAAACCCACCACAUUACUUUGUUUUGACAUACGGUCAUUCAUUUUGCCUAUCUGUUUUCUUUUUGUCAUAUAUAAUGUUUACAGUUACUUUAAAAAUAAAUUAAUUUAAAUUAUAGAAUACAUCAUAAGUAGGUAUUUAUUAUUAGACGGUUAAGUAAAAAAUAAAUAAUGUUAUUAUUAAAUCAGAGCACACUGAUAUUUAUUUUUAAUGGUACCUAGGUAAAUUUUAAUUACUAAUUAUUACGUUUAAGGCUAGUGAAAAUUGUAAAUUAAUAUGUAAAAUAUAAUGGAAAUGUGUUUUUAAAUAUUAUGCAAAAUUUUAUUAAAGUUCAAUCGUUACUAUAAGGGGUUUUAUU